GAAAAAAAUAAAAGGUAUGAGGCGGACAUAUGGACGGAGGUGGCCAAGUACUUGGACGGGAAGGAUCUGGCGAGGCUGGGGAUGACCAAUCGGUGGUUCCACCGUCUGAUCAUGGAGGACAGCAUCUGGAAGUACGCCUGCCUUCGCGACCUCCAGGUGCCUCCUCCUCGACACGUGUCCUUCACCUGGAAGCAGCUCUACAAAUCCGCCUUUGACGGCAGCCACGCGUACUGCUUCCGUCAACAGGAGAAGCACAUAGAUUGGAUGAGGAUCGGCGGUUUCGUCUUGGAAACGCCAUCUGUGCUGCUGACGGAGAAGCUGGUGCUGCCCAAGAAGCUGCCCAAGCCUGAAGGGAACCCGGAGCGGACCAUCCAGACCUCCGGCACGUGCGUCUUAACUAACGUCAGAACCGGAAUAUGGCUCGCUGAUCUGCAGCUCGUCCGAUGCCCCGUCUGCAACCUCAACACCUGCGAAGGAACGAUGCAGGUAUUGGACGCGAGGCAUGUGGAGCUGUUCCUGGAGGAGGGGUACAGGAACGGGAGCUGGGAGUACGAGGACAUCGGGAUCCACCGGAUCGAGAAGCCCUCCGACACGGCCACCGGGGGAAUCUUCGAAAUCAAAUACCUCACCUCUCCCUGCACCGCCGGGGUGUUGGAUGUGAAGUCGUGGAUCGGGCAGCCCAGCGACUGGCAGCCCAAGGCCAGGCUCUGCCUUCACGCUGUCGCCGUCAACACCAACCUCCAGCCAAACGAGGGGCUUCAAGUGAAAUUCCAGGCGAUGAGGAGCAGAGGAGCUGAUGGAGAAGUAGUUUCCAUAAGAAUCUCCCAGCAGCUCAUUUAGCUUCUAGUGUCAUUUUACAGAUAACCGGCUUUCUUAGAUGUAUAUAGGACUAAUAUUUUUAGAUGCAUGGGAUCUCCGCCAAAACUAAAGAAAUUCAUUUGGCGGAAAUUUUGGGGCUAAAGCCACUCCGUAUUACUAUAGUGCAGUACACGA